AUCAUACCUUUUUAUUAAAAAAAACAUUUUUGUUUCCACAAUUUAAGUAAAACCUUUGUGCAGGACUGCGCCAUUUUGCUUUGUAUCAGUAACAAGUUGUGAUACCCAAUAAUCAAUAAUCUUCCUUCACAAUUUCAUUUUCAAAUUGCAGCCCAAAUGUCCCAUUCUUAGCUUCAAACCCUAAACCCUAAUUCCCCAAAUCACAUAGUUUGAAUAACAAGUUCUUCAAAAUCGUGUAAAUUCAUAAUCCAAAUCAACUGCUACCAUUGCAUUCAUACCAAAAAGCUGCUUCAACUCUAUCGUACUUGACUCCACCGCCGCCGCGAAUCCUUAUCAUUUUUUAUAAAUGGCUGUGUCAUUACUGAGAAACCGUUCCAUGUCGUCGGUAAACAAUUUGUUAACCAAUGCUCUUCGUCGUCUCUCUUCUGCACAGGUUUCAAACACCAUUCCUGAUGAGGCACGCGAGAGAAUGAUGUAUUCAGACAUAAACUCACAGAUUGGGAGUUGUAUGCCUCUCUCUGCAAUGCGAAUUGGAACAAUCAUUCACAACAUUGAACUGAACCCAGGGCAAGGUGGAAAGCUUGUCCGAGCAGCCGGAACCAAUGCAAAGAUUUUGAAAGAGCCCACAUCAGCAUACUGUUUAGUCCAACUUCCAUCUGGUGUUAAAAAGUUGAUUGAUUCUCGAUGCAGGGCCACUGUUGGUACUGUCUCUAAUCCAACUCAUGGGGAUCGCAAGCUUAGGAAGGCUGGCCAUAGCAGAUGGCUAGGUCGGAGACCGGUUGUUCGGGGGGUGGCUAUGAAUCCUGUUGAUCAUCCUCAUGGUGGAGGAGAGGGCAAGAGCAAGAGUAGUGGUGCGUGGGGGAAAGGAUCCCGUACACCUUGGGGUAAGCCGACUAAGGGUGGUUUCAAGACUGGACCUCUUAAGCGCAAAAAGUAGGUAGCUAGGUAUUUAUGAGUAGUAUACAACAUUCCUGUAAUACAAUUUUUUCUGAUGGUUCUGUAAUAAUUGUGGAAUCUUUGGAACAAUUCUACUUCUACUAAUGGAAUUGAUUAGGUUUGGCCACUUUGUGGAUUAUAUGGAUUCAUCAUAUUUUGUA